UUUUGGAAAAUACCGAAUCAUUGUUUUUAUAUUCUGUUUGUUUAUUGAUUGAGAAAAAUAUUUUUUUCUUAUUUUUGAUUAUUUACUGAUUGUCUGGCGCCAAUUACGUUACGGUUGAUAUCAACUACAGCAACCGGGACUUGAUUGAUAAGAUCAUUAUUAUCAUCGUUUUUUUUUGCUUUCUCUUCUGUUGCGUGUAAUGAAAAUAUUAUUUUUUUUCAUGAGGUAAAUCUAAAAUAAUGGUGAUGUAUUCAAUGAAUAGUUUGGCUGAAAAUCAUAAUAAUAUUGAUGAUGAUGAUGUUGUUGAUGGCCAUCAUUCGAUAAUUCGACCAUCUUUAUCGGAUUCAGAUUUAAUUGCAUCAUCAUCAUCGAACAAUCAGAAUACUAUAUCAUUAUCACGUGAUUUACAAGUAUUGAUUCUGGAUGAAAUCAAUAAUCAUAAUGAUAAUGAUGAUAAUGAAAAUUCAACAGCCAUAUUUCAACCAAUAUCAGAUAAUAAUAAUGAUGAUGAUAAUAAAUCUGUAACAAAAUCAAUGAAAAAUUUAUCAACAACAAAAAAACCAUCAUCAUCGAAUAAAUUUUGUAAAUCAUUUUUUAUGAUAAAAAAACGUAAAUGGAUCUCAACACCAAUGGGAUUCCUUACUAAUCAUUGUUGUUUGACACGAACUGAUUCGAUUACAGAUCUACAACAACAACAACAACAAUCAUCAACUAAUAAUGAAAAUUGUCAACUUAAGAAUCAAAGAAUUGUGAAACAUAUGGACCAACAAACAUCCAGAUCAAUCAACAACAUCAAUGAUAAUAAUGAUGUUGUUGAUGAUGAACUUCAAUAUGAUCAUAAUUUAAAUGGCAAUGAUAAUGAUGAUGAUAUCAAUGUCGAUGCACACAGGGUUAAUAUUGAAGAUGAUCUAGCUUUUAUGGAUAAUUUCCCACCGUUGAAUCAACCAUUAAGUCGACUUGUUUCAUUAAGACGACGUCAUCCAAAUACACCAAUGACUCGUAGUCCAGAACCACCACCAUUACCAAUACAUCCGUUCCCAGUGGUUGUUGUAUUACCUGGCUUUUCAAAUAGUUAUCUACAUCAUCCACAUAUAUCUUCACAUGAUUCUCAUCUCGAACAACAACAACAACAAGAUCAUAAUAAUUCAUCGAUCUCAUCCAUUAAUCCGAAUUCCGGUGCCUCAUCAUCAAGCGAUGACAAUAUAUCAGUCGAUGGUCAACAGCAACAACAACCACCGCAUUCAUAUGAACCUUAUUCAAUUCAAAUGCCCAUAAUCAAUCAUAUUCCAACGGAUCCUAAUAAUAUGAAUCGUUCGACUAGCCUUUCAACACCUACAUUUCAUACACAGAUUGAUUACAUCAAUUGUUUAGUACCAGAUCUAUUGGCAAUUACUAAUCGUAGUUUUUAUUGGGGUAAAAUGGAUCGUUAUGAAGCUGAACGUUUAUUGGAUGGCAAACCAGAAGGAACAUUUCUUUUACGUGAUUCUGCUCAAGAAGAUCAUUUAUUUUCUGUCUCGUUUCGACGAUUUGAACGCUCAUUACAUGCACGAAUCGAAAAUUGGGAACAUCGUUUCUCAUUUGAUUCACAUGAUCCGGGUGUAUUUUCAUCACCAACUGUAACCGGUCUAAUCGAACAUUAUAAAGUACCAUCUCAUUGUAUGUUUUUCGAACCAGUACUUACCAAACCAUUGAAUCGUACAUUUACAUUUUCAUUACAACAUUUGGCACGUGUUACAAUUUGUGAUCGUGUUUCAUAUGAUUCAAUUAAUCGCCUACCACUGCCACAAAUAUUGAAAAGCUAUCUUAAAGAAUAUCAUUAUCGUAUCAAAGUGCGUACGAGACAUUUUGAUGAAUCAUCAUUAUAUCGUUGGUUAGAACCGAAUCAUCAUCAUCAUAAUCAACAACAACCACGUGUCUAUUUUCAUCAAUAAUAAAUUCAUUUAGGAAAUUAAAAAUAGAAAACAUUGUU